AUGGCUGCUGUGAGAACUGCCAGUGGUGCGUCGAUUUUGGACAACAUUCGUACCAUUUACGGAACAACAGUUGCGAGAGAGCUGUUGGAAGUGAACUGUGAAAACCAAAGAUUUGCUUUCAAAAUGCACGGCUACAUUUCCAAUGCAAAUUAUUCGGUCAAAAAGCUGCAAUUCCUGUUGUUUAUAAACCACCGUCUUGUUGACUCCUCGGCAAUGAGGAAGGCCAUAGAAUCAUUGUAUGAAGCGUAUCUGCCCAAGAACAGCCAUCCGUUUGUGUAUCUAUCUCUGGAAAUUUCACCCAGCAAUGUUGAUGUCAAUGUCCACCCCACUAAACAUGAAGUGCAUUUCUUGCAUGAAGAUUCCAUCAUUGAAGCAAUACAACAAACAUUUGAAGAAAAAUUAUUGGGGGCAAAUUCAUCCAGGACAUACUUCACUCAAACUCUUCUUCCUGGAAUCUCUGUGACAGACACUUCUGCAGGUUGGUUUUAUUGAAAACCCAAAUCAGGGUAGGAUGAACCUGCAUAUGAAAGAGAUGGGGACAGGGUUCUCUGAAUAAACCUUUUUUAAGGCACCUGCUACUUUUAUUACUAGCAAACAAAAGUUUUAAUAACCUGCUUUGGUCUAAAACAAAAUUUAACCCUUUCCUGCCAGUUAUUUGUUUACCUUCAUUCCCAAGAUCUCAUUAGUUCUGGUAACCCUACAAUGUUAGCACAUAGAAUUUGGUAUUGGAUCAACUAAUAAUCUGUUAAUUGAUGUUUUUCUUUAUUCUUAUUACUUGUCUGGUUGAUAUGGUAUUGAUAUUGAAAGGAGAAAUUAUAUUUCAAUCUCCUAUGGGAGUUAAAGAGUCAAUGCUGGUUAUGCUCCUGGGUCCAGUUCUAUAAGGGGCAGAUAACACUAUGCGAUGGAUAAAUUUCUAUCCAGCAGAUAACAGUUAACAAAAUGUACUGUACUAUUCACUGGAUAGCGAAUUAUUCAGUGGAUAGCUUUAUUUGACAUUCUGACAAACAGGGCCUGGGCAGUAUUCCAUGCUGAGAUUGAAUUGGUUAUCAUCGCAUGUGGAAAACUUUUUGGAGAUUAUAUUGCUACUGAAAGUUGCCAGUUUUGUGACUUGUAUUUGGCAGUGAUAAAAUCUUUUUGUUACUAAGCGUUUGUGGCCCAAAAUAAAAAGUGAGAUCAACAUGAAGAUUUAUUGAUACUAGGUAAAUGCUCUAUCAAUUUCUAGUCACAAAAUAGCCAAUUUUUCCAUGGUUGUUGGGAAAUUAAGCCAUGAGAUGAAGUUGCAAAAAUGACUGCCAGCUCACUGUCUCAAACCAAUAUCAAACUGUUUUGAUUGUUAUGUGUUGUACUGCUGAGAAAGAAUUAACAAAUUCAGAAAUGGCUUUUAGAAAUUAUUUGAUCUCACAUUAGAUUUUUUAAAACUGUUUUUGAUUUUCUGUCAAAUUUGUUUCAGUUACAUCUGUUGAGGGAGAAAAAUCUAAUGGUGCAAAAGUUUAUGCUCAUCAGAUGGUGAGAACUGACAGCAGAGAACAAACUCUCCAUGCAUUCCUGCCUCCUAAAGAUCAUCCUGUCAAAUCAAAUGAAUCUAACAAGUAUGUACAAGGUUAAGUCUGUGUUACAGCAGUUGGUGUGUGUAUUUUACAAGCAAUGUGUUACACCAUGGGAUGAUGAAAGAGGGGUGACUUUUAAUGAAGAUUUCUAACAAUGUCAAAUGUUAAAUGGCCUUUUCCCUGUCUGAGGACUAUUUCCUUAUUCAUUUAUUAAAUCCUCCAAUUUUAGUUGACACAGAUUUAGUGGUGCACACUGUAAUCCAAGCCAAUCUAUAAUCAUAGGCAGCCACUUCUUCCCAUAGACUCUUGAAACUUAGAGAGAUAAAUUUGUAAGGAUUCCCUCAGAGUAUAAAUCUCUCGAUCACUAGAAUGUCACAUUGAAACAUAAGCAUGGCUGAUAAGUGUAUCUCCCCUUUACUUAAAUUACAGACUGAAAAGUAUAGAUAAUAAGCAAAUUUUUCUUGAUACCAAUUACCCAAUUCAGUAGUAGUUUCUAAUAUUAUGCAUGCAUUAUUUUUUAAGCAUUUCUCAGCUCUCCAGUAGUAGUAAACACAAAGCUAUUGCUAUGAACCAGAAUCCAUCUUCAACCAUUAUAAACCUUGAUGAGGAAUGUUCUGCUUCCCAUUCAGCUGAUGAGGACUUCUCUGAGCAGCCUGCAGGUAUUCAUUCAGUUUAUAAGACAUUUUACAAAAUUUUUAACCUUAAUUGUGCAAUAAGCAUCUAAUUUCUUGCAAUAUCACUCCUGAAUCAAAUAUUAAGGGCACUAGAAUAAAGGAAAUGACCACCAACAAAAGAAGCUCUUGAUUGUUAAACAAAUUCUCCUUGUCAGCACCAUAGGAAAUGUAUAAGGAACAGUAUAAAGAAUAUGCACACUGAUGUCAGGGUGUUGUCUAAGUUGAACCAAAUCACAAUAUAAUCUGGGUGAGAGAAGUCCUGAGAAAGACUAUUAUUGGUAAGAGAGACCUAAAUUUUGACAGUUUUGAUCAAUUUCCUCCCUUAUUUUAAGUAUGACAGGAAAAAGAAAUUUUCAAACCUAGAGAGAAAUCCUUUUACCUGUUGAGUUUUCAAGAAUUCCAAGUGAUUUUAAGCAGUAAGAAGAGGUACCACAGGGUACCACAUCAAAAAUAACACUAGAUCCAGAUAAGGAUAAGGAUAAGGAUCACCUAGAACAGUUUUUUUCUAAAGGUAGGAUCCACUUGUAAGAAGUAGUAAUAGUCCAAGUUAUAUUAUGUACAGAAACCUGAAUACUCAUAAGCUCUGGAAGCUGGAUAGGUCAGUCCAGUAUGCAUAGUCUGAUUGAUUUUACUUUCAGGCUCAAAAAAACCAAGAUUGGAAGAAAGAUCCGAAAAUGCAAGAAGUACCAGCAGUUCAGGAAUUUACCGAGAAAUUAGUCUGACCAGUGUACUGAAUUUGCGGAAGGCUAUAGAUCAGUCUGAACACAAGGGAAUGAAGGAGCUUUUUGAAGACCACAAGUUUGUUGGCUGUGUCAACAAGUCACUGGCUCUUGUUCAACACAGCACAAAACUGUACCUUGCCAACAUCACAACCCUCAGCAAGGAACUUUUUUACCAAAUAAUCCUCUUUAAAUUUGGCAACUUUGAUUUUCUACGUCUGUCAGAACCAGCACCAGUGCUUGAUCUUGCACUGUUGGCUUUAGAUUGUGAGGAGAGUGGUUGGACAGAGAAUGAUGGCCCCAAAGAUGAGCUGGCAACCUACAUUGUUAACUUGCUGAAGGAGAAGAGAACCAUGUUGUUGGACUACUUUUCUUUGGAAAUAGACAGUGAGGGUAAUUUGUUGACAUUGCCUAUUCUGUUGGAUGGUUACGUACCAAAUCUGAAUGGACUUCCUAUGUUUGUUCUACGUCUGGCUACAGAGGUUAGCAGCAGAAUAAUGUUAUUCAUAUGAUUUUGUUGUUUUCAACCUUGCAUAUGAAAGAAAGUGGUGAUAUGUACCCAGCAUUUUUUUCUUUCAUUUCAGAUAUUUUAAUUUUGCCCCAGGAAGAGAGAAAAAUAUAGAUCACACAUCACUAUGGGAAACUUACCUUUUGAAUGGUUUGAAAAUCCACUCACUCCUCCCCGAGAUCAAUGGCAAGUUUUCUACUCCAAAAAAAAGAGCCCAAACUCUAAUUUUCUCAUUUACAGCUGCAAUGCUUUUUUUUCAGACAAUUGCUGAUGAAUAAACUCCAACAUCUAAGCAUAUUAGAAUUAAUCCACCUUUUCUGCACAAUCCCAACCUUUCUAGGUGGACUGGGAUAGUGAAGAACCCUGUUUUCGGAGCUUUGCACAGGAGUGUAGCAGAUUCUAUGCAUUUAAACCAGACCCUUUUCAGGCUGAUGACAACUCAUGUGAAGAUGACAAUGAGGGAAUUGAUGCUACCAUGGCAAAACCAUCAUCAUCAUGCCAUUCAUGGCAGUGGACUGUGGAACAUGUGUUAUUUCCUGCCUUUCGAACUGGUCUUAUGCCUCCUUCCCGCUUUUCAGAGGAUGGAACUCUGCUUCAAAUAGCCAACUUGCCAGACUUGUACAAGGUGUUUGAAAGAUGUUAA